AUGGCCGCCGCCAUCACCAGCUGGGUGCUCAACCCAAUCCAAUCUUUGACAAUGUCUCGACCACGUACUCGCGAAUUAUGGUGUGCUGUUCCUGGAAAUCUUAGGCAGCCAUUCUCUAUAGAGUGCAUUGCAGACCAAGACAAUAUUCAGACACUCAAAAAGAAGAUUUGGGACCAUGCACCAGCACACGCCAAGAAAGAUGCAGCUGACUAUGGUGAUCUCACCCUCUACAGCCCUGUGGUGCAACUCAACUAUGAAGAGGAGUUUAAGAUUGAUAAUGGUGAACUUCUACAUCCCCGCCGAAUGGUCACAUUCAACCCACUCUUCCCUGAAAGCAAGGAUCCAGAUGUGGAUAUUGUUGUUGUUGUUAUGAGUGGAGAUACCACUACACGGAAACGGAAGCGCUCUGAAUCACAAGGUGUGGAUUUAUCUCCGAAACGGCUUAUCACAGAGGAUCCACAUGUAUGUCCUCGAGAGCGUACAGUGUCAGAACUCGCGGCCAUUUUGGAUGAUGUGAACAUAGUCCAUGUGCGUGGAACUCCAGCCAGUGGGAAAACAUAUCUCUCUGAACUUCUGAGGCAACACUAUCGCAAAGGGGGAAGAAGGGUUUCCUUGAUCAAAAAAUGGGAAGGUCUCGAUUUUAAGAAUCCUUGGGACAGUCUUGUCAAGCUUGUUGAGAAAUGGAAUGAAGAACUAGAAGGUGCACCAACCACUAGUUUCACCACAACUUCAUCAGAAUCCAAACAUGACCUCUCUUGGGUUCUGACAUCGAACACUGUUAUUCUCGUGGAUGAGGCACAGAUGACCUACAGUGAUGAUGUGCUCUGGAACACAAUCCUCAAAGGGAGACAGUCAUCUCUUUUUGGUUAUAAUUUUCGACUAUGUCUUUUCUGCUCUUAUGGCAGUCCAGAAACAGGCCCAGAUCAAACAUUUUUCACUCCAGUCAGACUUUCUAACCAACAAUGCAUCUCAUUGACGCCACAAAGCCAGCAAUACUCACCACCUAUUGGUUUAUUUUAUGACAAAGAAGAGUUCAGGGAUGUUGUUUCACGGUCAAUUCCAGUUGAAUAUCAAGAAACGUUCACUUUUGAUGAAGGUGCCCAGGACUACAUAUUUGCAUUAUCAAAUGGUCAUCCAGGAGCGGUCGAAUCCAUCCUCAGCACACUUUUCCAGACCUAUCGCCAUAAAAUCAAGCAUAGACAUAUUAAGACCUUGACAGAAGAUCAUGUCAUUUGGUUCCUGGAGGACACCGGCACAGUCUUUCAAAAACUAAGCACGCAGCCAGUUAAUCGCUCCUUUCCAGAUAUAUCAAGAGCUACAAAUGGAAUCUGCAACACAUUGUGCAAAAUCACAGAAGAAGGAAGUAUUCCAUUUGAUAUCAAUAAUGCAAGCAUCAAGUUCUGUUAUCAGAAAGGUUGGAUUCACAGGGUAGCUCUGGAUGGUGGUGAUAUUGCAGUUCUGCCAUCGCGCUUACAUGAGAAAUACAUCGAAUAUUGGAUUGGCAAAAUGUCAAUACCCAUGCCUGCCAGAUUUGACUCACUACCAAAAUUAUGCAAAGAGGUUCUCCGCGAAUUCUCCAUCACAAUUCUGAGGCAUUCAGCUGAGGGCAAAAAGAUAUCAACUGCAUCACAACCCAGACCUGUGGAAUCCCAAUAUCAGGAUGAAUUCCACAGGGGAUUUGUUCAUGUAGCUGGCCUAGGCGUACCAAUAUCCAGUGAAUGGUCAAGAACCAAGGAUGGUCGAGUGGAUUUCUAUAUCCCUGAAAAAAAAUGGGCGAUUGAAUUAUUGAGAGAUCACAAUAAAAUUGAUGAAUAUAUCUCUCGAUUCAAGGAGGGUGGAAAAUAUCAUCCCUGGCUAAAAGAGAAUAUGGUCAAGGAUUGGAUCAUAAUCGACUGUGCGACUUCUUUACCAACCAAAGAGUUUUCUGAGCCUAGGCUAUGGCAUGCUGUAUUCAUCGAUGAUUAUUCUGAAUUGCGGCUGUAUAACCAUCAGAAAGCUCUUAUUAUGUCUGUGCAUCUACAUAUUUGA